AUGCCAAGCGCUCUUCGGGAUCAGACCUUAGCGAUUCUUCUGACGACGGCCUUGAUAUACCUAUCAAGGUGGAUACGGAGGCGGAAAGUGUCCCUGAAGCCGGCCUUCAUGUCUGCCGGCCAGGCGCAAGUAGAAUUAUCAUCCGCCCACAAGGCAUCCACCGAUAAAGGUGACGAACCUGAUCAUAUGGCGGAUGGCAGAGCCGCAUUGGCUCCGCGAGAAGUUUCAGAAACUCCUCAAUUGUCCGUGGGUAAAUCGACCUCUUCCGGCGAGCCCCACACCAGUGUCUCUCCACGCCCACAGAGUCGAUCUCCUAUCCCGGUUGAACCCGUGACUAGGCUGGAGUGGUCGGUAAGAAAGAUACUGGAUUCCCGGAUCCGCAAGCGAGAGGGCAAGGCGAUCCUGGAGUACCUUGUCGUAUGGGAGCCCACCUGGCAACUGCGACGAGACCUGAUUCUGGGCUGCCAUGCAUUGAUUGAAGAAUUCCAUGCGAAGUGGGGAGACGAGCGGCCCUCAACAACUAUGCUGGAGCGCCAUGAGCGUUUUGACGCGUAUCAUCUUCCUUCGAUCCCGGCUGAUCGUAAUGGUGUAACUACGUGGCUAAUAAAAAGGAUACUGAACUCUCGGAUCCGCGUACGAGGGGGCCAGGCAAUUCUGGAGUACCUUGUCGCAUGGAGGCCUACCUGGCAACCGCGGAGUGACCUGAUUCCGGGUUGCGAAGGGUUGGUCGGGGAAUACCAUGAGGAGUGGAAGGACAAGCGGCCUUCAUUGACUACCCUGGCGGGCUAUAGGCAUUUCAAGCAGAGACGGAGACCACGCAAGGGCAAUAGAUACAAGAUUGUAAAGUCGAGUGCUAAGCUGGGUUCAACGGAAGGAAUGAAGGAUAGCCAACACUUGAUUGUUAUCUCUUCGCUUAUAUCAAGGUCCUGUUUUCACACCGAGCACUUCGCGGCUAUUUUGUCAACUUAUAAGAUGGCCAAGUAG